AAAAAAUAAGUAUAUUUGUAAGCAUCUCGAAUAAUCCUUUGGGACUUGAAGCGAGAGGAUCGGAGAAAGCAGACAGAUGUGGAGUUGUUCAUCGGCGUUCCAAAGAGUAGCCUCCUUAAUGUUCAUGGCUCCCAAGUUAAAACCUCAGCGACUCCAUCAAAUUGCAGAGACUGGUGCUGAGCAACUGGUUAAGAAAGCAAGGACGAUGACUACCGAAUCCUCAAUGAAAGAUGCUUUCUCUCAAUACGCUGAUUAUCUCAACAACUUUAAUGAGAAACGAGAGAGAGUGGUGAAGGCAAGUCGUGACAUCACUAUGAACAGCAAAAAAGUUAUCUUUCAAGUUCACAGACUCAGUAAAGACAACAAAGAAGAGGUUUUGGAAAAAGCAGGGAAAGAUUUAGAAGCAGUGAGGGAACAACACUUUGCCCGGCUGAUGAAAGAGCUUCAAGGCACUGAUUUUUGGAAGCUCCGGCGAGCUUACUCCCCAGGGGUGCAGGAAUACGUUGAAGCUGCAACGUUUUACAAGUUCUGUGUGUCAGGAACACUCUCUACUCUCGAUGAGAUUAACUCUACGCUUUUACCGCUUAGUGACCCUUCUUUAGAGCCGCUGCAGAUCAACAUCCUUGACUAUAUUCUCGGGCUUGCGGAUUUGACUGGAGAGCUAAUGAGGAUGGCGAUAGGUAGAAUAUCAGAUGGUGAAGUCGAGUUCGCGCAGAGGAUUUGUCAGUUUGUCAGACAGAUUCACAGGGAACUGUUGCUGGUCGUGCCUCAGAUGGAUGACAGUUACGACAUGAAGUCAAAGAUGGAAGUGAUGCUUCAAAGUGUGAUCAAAAUAGAGAAUGCUUGCUUUAGCGUUCAUGUGCGUGGAUCAGAGUAUAUUCCGCUGCUUGGAGAUGAUGCACCAACGUCGUUCUUAUUGGGAGGUGCUGAUGUUGAAUGAUUAAGAAGUGUUCUCUUUAAUCGUGAGAACUAUGAUCACUUUAGUAUGGAUGCUGCCGAGGAACUUUCAAAGCAGAGGACUCUCUGAGAUCUCUUUGUUGCAAGACUUUUUGAGUAUGAAUGGCAAAACAAAAUGUAGAAGUUUUUUUCUUUUGUCACAAUUAUCGCAAGCCAGUAGCUUUAAAGUCUAUGGAGUCUGACGAUUGCUUUCUUGUUCUAGUUAAAAAAAGGUUUUGGCCUUUCUUAUUUUUC